AUGGAAAAUACGCCAAUCAAAGAAGAAGAAGAAGCGCUGCUUAACAAGGAAGAAACACUACCUAGUGAUGGAGAUAAGAUAGACAUCAAAAUGGAAGACACUGUGCUUGAGCAGCACUCGCCGAAACCGGUUGGGUUUUGCUCCAGUUCUACUUCUGAAACUCAAGUAAAAGCCGAAGUGGAAGCCGAAGCAGAAGCAAUGUCCAUCGCCAACGUCAGUAUAAACGCAAAAUCCGCUCUCGCAGUCGAUCCAACCAAAGCAAUUUAUUUUGGCUGUCGCGAUAAUGUCGGACGCAAUGAUCCUCCUGCUAAUCGUUGCCUGGGCAUAUUUGGCCUUUCAAUGCAAACUAAAGAAAUCGAUAUAAGAAACGUCUUUUCAACGUAUGGACAAAUUGAAGACUUGCAGAUUGUCCAUGACUCGCACACUGGUCGCUCUCGUGGAUUUGCGUUCAUCUACUUUAAAGACAAAGCUGACGCUGAAACUGCCAAUUUGCAGAGUAUUUAA